AUGGGCAACUGCUGUGGAUUACGCAAGGCGUCGCUGGAUAAAGUUGCGACCACAGGACGCAAAAGGAGUGGUUUAGAGAAGUACCAGAAGAGCUCAUUGAAAUUGAAAGCCCAAGAUGUCGAAAAACCGUUUUCAAAAUCACCGCAUGCUUCUCUUUAUAACAGCGCAGACCCAGAAGAACGUGAUGACAAAUUUGCCUUAGCCCCCCUUCCACCUUUGAAAAUGAACAACGACGAAGGGGAAGACAGGAAAAAAGUGGCUGGUGAAAAGAACAAGGAAACCCGCAGCCCUGCCAUAGCGCUUGACACGGCAACUGAGAACCAGAGAGAAGUUGCUAAUUGUGAAGAGUUGGAAGAAGCAGACAUAUACAGUAAUCCCGAAGAAGUGAGGGAUAAUGCGGUCGAGGAGUUGCCGCAUUCUUCUUCUCCGGUGAUCGACUGCGAUCCAAUUCAACCAGGAAAAUUUAUCACUUCCUUCAAGAAAGUUUCACUGGCUUUAAAUGACAAGCACGUUUCUGAGAGUGGUAGUAUUGGGAGCAGUCCCGAUGAGGCGCAGGAAGAGGAGUACUCGGAGAAGACGGAGACUGGAUUCACUUCAAGCGUCGUAGUCACCGUGCCGCCCCCGUCGCCACCAAUGCGACUGCGGAGAAGCGACAGUGAUAGUGAAGAUGAGGGCGAGGACGAUGAAAGUGCGGCGGACAAGGAAGCAAGGGACGGACACGAAGGUCUGGUGUCAAGUACUAUUGUACUGCCCACUGUUGUUGCUCCAAAGACUCUCUGGGCCACGGAUGAGAAACCCUCACACACCCCAAGCAACCAACAAUCUGACGGUGAAGGCCCAAAGAGCAUAACCAAUCCUGUUCUUGAGGCGAAUGAAGAGCAGAAAGAUGCACCGUCCGACGAUAGUGCAAAAAAUAAAAAGCCAGAAGCAGUGCAACCCGAUAUUGUCAUUACAAAUAAGAGUUGUAGUGAUGACAGCAGUAGCAUUGGUGGUGGUGAUGGUUGUAGCAGUGGUGGCAAUGCACUGGCGAAUAUUGUUCGACAGAGUCUGAAGAGGGAACAACAGCAAGUUGUCGCAAGAGCCACUGGGCAGGUUGGUGGUGAAUGUACGUUGAAUGCACACGGAAAUGUUGUUGAGUACGAUUUGGUGUUUACUGACGAUCAGAUCGUUGAUGGUGAGGACGCCGGGGAUAAUUACUUGUGGGAUGGGGACGCGGAAGCCAACGGAAAAGGAACCCCCGACGCGACUGCACACAGGGAACCGCCGAUGAAAAUAGUCACCUGGAGCGAUGAGGAGGAUAAUGGCCGUGGUGGGGGAUGGGUGGAUGCGAGGACCAAACAGGAGAAUACCGGGGCCUCUGCGCCGAAUAAGGGAGUAAACGCCGUGGAGUGUGUCGAUAGCGGCAGCAGUGACGAUGACGGUGACGGCAAAAGUUUGGUGACGGUUUUGUACCGUUCGCAGCCGGGGCGAGAAGAUGGGGAAAAAGAAAUUGAAAAAAAUGAGGCAAAGAUGCUCCCUUAUGACGGUUUUGUGGUGGCGAAAAGGAAGAUACAACUAGUGGCGGUGGGGAAGAAUUCCUUUCUGCAGGAUCAUUCGCCCGUUUUUGUUGCGGAAGAGGCUCUUCCACCUGUGCGUUUCCGUCCCGCAAUGAUUAUCUCCCCGCCCCCCGUGACGCCCAACGAUAGGGACGCCAACGAUAAGGAAAAUGGCCACCUCCUUUUCUAA